GCAACGCGGCAGAGCCGUCAGCCACGGUUGAGCUGUCUGUCGGUCCGUGUGGAGAUGAACGCACACCGGUGCCGGUUGCAGGCGUGCAGACAGCGGCAGGAAGGACGCUCUUUCUUUGUCAUGUUUAAGAAGCGGAUUCACCCUCAAACAGUGUGACUGGUUUCAUCCGAGAACAUGUUGACGGACAUGAUCGUGGAGCAAGAAUUUGAGAUCAAGGAGGAGGAACCGUGGUACGACAAGCAGGACCUUGAACAUGACCUGCAGCUGGCUGCCGAGCUCGGGAAGACUCUCCUGGAGCGAAACCGGGAGCUGGAGCAAGGCCUGCAGCAGAUGUACUCCACCAACCAGGAGCAGCUGCAGGAGAUCGAGUACCUGACGAAGCAGGUGGACCUCCUCCGGCAGGUCAACGACCAGCACGCUAAAGUGUACGAGCAGCUGGACGUGUCGGCCCGAGAGCUGGAGCACAGCAACCACAAACUGCUUCUGGACCGCCGGACGGCGCAGCAGAAGAUCCAGGGGCUGACGGAGACGGCGGAGCUGCUGCAGACGCAGGUGGAGGAGCUGCAGCAUCAGGUGGAGGAUCUGAAGCUGAGUCCGUCUCAGCCCCUGAAGCGUCCGCACAGAGAGAAGUGGCCGUCUCGCAGCUCCCAGAGCGUGUCCUGCCUGAAGGAGCUGCAGAACACACUCCGGUACGACGACGACGAACCCUCCUCAGACGGCCUCGAGUCCUCCGACGUGUCGUGGCACGAGGAGGAGCAGGCGUCCUUACGGCAAUCCCUCCGCGGCCUCCAGACUCAGUUCGCCAGUGAGCGCGCUCAGAGGGAGGCGUCGGAGCGGGAGGCCGAGCUCCUCGCCAGCGAAAACGCAGCGCUGGAGCAGCAGCUGGCCGGGAUGGAGGGCUGUCGGGCCAGAGUGUCCGAGCUGGAGCGUGAGGCCGAGGAGCUUCGCCAGCUCUGGAAAUCCGAUUCCUCCACCAGAUCCACCAGGCCGGACGCCAUCCACAGCCUGCUGCCCAGCGCCAUGUUCCUCCACCCGGAGGAGGAGAGCGAUGGGGACGCGGCCGCAGCCAGAAGCCCCUGGGUCCUGAAGCGCUGGGACAGUGAGCGGCUGAUGAAGGCGACGCAGGUGCCCGAUUCCCCCGACAAGGUCUCCAACCACGAGUGCUCCUGUGUGCGGCGUGCCGAGGUGGUGAAGUAUCGCGGGAUCUCGCUGCUCAACGAGGUGGACGCUCAGUACAGCGCCUUGCAGGUGAAGUACGACGAGCUGCUGCGGCGCUGCCACCUUGGGCCGAAGCAGCAGCAGGCGGAGGAAGAGGAGGAUGAGGAUGAGGAGGAGGAUGAUGAUGAGGAGGAUGAGCCGACCCACAAGUCGGUCCAGACUGCAUCUCUUGCCGCCGCUUGUCCCGCUCUGACGGACAUGGAGGACUUUCACCAGCCGGAGUACAAGGAACUUUUCAGGGAGAUUUUCUCCCGCAUUCAGAAAACCAAAGAGGACCUGAUUGAAAACCGAGUGGGACCCUCAGCUGGUGAAAUGCUGCCCAUCGUGCAUUAGCAGCUCUAUAAAAGACCUGCUGCAAGAUGAAUUAUUGUCUUCCAGUAAAAGAGCGACGCUCACUAACUACUUUCUACUGCAAAAGGGGGUUCAGGGACGAGAGUGAUGCAGGAACCAGAAGGCCAAACAUCACCAGCUCACGUCUCAAACACCGGUGCCUAACGCUGCCGUCUCUACUGUGCGCUCGCUCUACCUCACUUUGCACAACCCCGUUAACACACAAGCUCCCCGGGGGGGUGAAUCAUUUCUGGGUCUUGCUCUCGCGAGGCGUAGCGGUAACAGUUUGUUCUACUGGUCUAAAAAGGUUCCCGGAAAGAUGUAGAUUGAUAGAAAUCUUCCUGGAAAAGAUGUGAAGAUGUGUAAUUUGGUGCUAAAUAUAGAGAGUGUGGAGACCGUGUUGAGUUGGUAUAAUUCCAAUUUAAAAAAUCAAGUUAAUCCCUCUGGAAAACAAAAUGCAACUGAGGAUCUUUUCCAUUCCUGUUAUUAAAUAAAACAAUUAAAAUGAUUUAGUCUAUUAAACACAAGACUAAAAUGACGUCCUCUAAACUCUUGUUUUGGGCCAAACCCCAAACCUACAUUCAAUUUAUCAUAGAAGGAGAAAACUAGCAAAUAUGGACUUUUGAGAAGCUGGAACUAGUUCUGUUUUCUUUGUUGCUCUCUGUCGGUUCCACAUUGUUUUCACAAAAUUGGAUACGUUAUUAUAAAAAUACAAAUGGCAGCUUUAAGUCAAUUAUUCUGCUGAUAAACUCAACUAAUCGACUAAUAGUCCCAAAUGAAACACCUUCCAUGAGGAAACUUCCCAUAAAACAAUCAGGAAUUUAUGGAUCUAUUGAAUAAAAAUGUUUAUGCGGUUUAUUUUGUUUACGGAGCUCCUUUUUGGUCCAACUUUUUUUCUUUGCAGCUAUUUAAAAAAAAAAAAAAAAAAAAAAAACCUUUCUUGGUGAUUAGUUUUGCCUGCGCCUAUAAGAGCGACCAAUGCAAGUUUUUAAAUUGGUGAAGGAGUUUAUAUUGUUAGACUUUGGUGAUUGACGUUCAAAUACAUAGGGAUUUGUUUUGAAAGCGUAUAACGUUCAUUUCCCAGAAAUGUUACUUGAUUAUUGUACGAUAGGUUAGAUGACUGAGUGUUGUUAUAAUAAAGGGAAGUUCUGAGGUUUACCAAAAGACUAACUCCAUGUACUUGAUAAUGUAACAACCUCUUGAUUAUAGAUUAUAUAUCAAGAGACAGUGUUUGUCCUCGUUAAGAUUGAGAUGUGCACACAGUUUGUAGAUGGAUGUCUGUAAAGAAAAUCACGUUGAGAUGCACUUUAGAAAAUUGCACAUUAUCAAUGCUCUUUUGACACUUUACACGUCUGUUAAAUGUAGUUAUUAUAAAGUGUGCUGAAUAACC